ACCACGUCCCACCCUGUCAGCAGGAAGUAUGGUAUAAAACAUGAAUUUGUGACAGACAGACAGACUCCUGUCAAAAUGUCCACAGGGGUUUUCAUCCUCUGGCUGGCAGUAGUGCUUGGGUGGCUUUAUCUGACACCAACUAGGUCAGAGCUUAUCCAGAAGGCAUUUUUGGGUCAAUCAGUGACUUUGCCCUGUUUGUACUCAUCCUGGUCUCCAAGAAGCAACAGCAUGUGCUGGGGAAGAGGCCCAUGUCCCAAUUCCAAAUGCAACCAGGAGCUUAUCCACACAGACGGAACUAAAGUGACCUCAAGAAAGUCAGGAAAAUACAGAGUCCAAGGGAGUAUCCGGAGGGGCGAUGUCUCCUUGACCAUCUUAAACACCGAGGAAGGGGACAGUGGGGUGUACUGCUGUCGCAUAGAAGUGCCUGGCUGGUUCAAUGAUGUCAAGAGGAACAUUCAGCUGGUGCUGAGGAGAGCCCCGACAACUACCAGACAAACAACAACCUCCCGCCAAACUACCACCCCUCAUUUGCUGCCAACAACUGUGCUGCCAACAACAGGCAUGAUUAUAGCAACCUCCAAGCCAGCCACCACCCCACACAUGCCUACAACCAGAGCUGCAGAGCCAACACUGUUGACUACAACGACCUCCCUCCAAGCCACCACCCCUCUCAUGCCAACAACUACAACUGUGCCGUCGACAACCCUUGUGACUACACGUGAGCUCACAGCCACAGUCCCACUUCAGACAAAGGCCACCUCUGUCUUCUCAACAACAGCGCCCCUGUGCCCCCUGACAAGGCCAACCUCUGCACCAGAGAUCGCACUCGAGCCGUCCAUGGAAGGGCCCACGUCCACAGCAGGAUCAGGAACUUUUCUUCUGUCCAGUGACUCUCGGAGAAGCCCUAAGGAGACUUCUACAGACAGCGGCUUGCUCCCGUCCAAAGGAGCCAUAGCUUGGGGUCACCCAUUGACAUCCCAGACGGCGGCAUCUACGGAGAAAGAGACAGAGGUUGAGACAGUGACAGAGCCAGAGGUGGAUACCAACCUGCUGAUGAUCAUCACCGCAUCCGGCUUUGGUCUUGUACUCUUGGCAUUGCUCGGGGCCGUUCUCCUGCAAGGAAAAGUCAUGAAAGCCGGUUGUCUGCAGAAACACAAGAGCUUCCAGAACUUUGGAGAGAGCAAAAACGUCCUCAGUGACACGCUGCAGGAGCAGGAGGAUGAAGAGGGCCUCUUCACACUCUGACUUGCACCUGUCUCUUGGGGUUCUGUGGGUGGGGGCAUAGUACGUGAAGUGCCCAAAUAAUCUUUGAGAUGUUUUCAUUUUUUUUUCCUUUAAAGUCUCACGUCUUCCAUUGUU